UUUUUCUGUUUAGCUUUGAGUUAAAUGACGUGUGAAAAAGGGUCAAUGAAUAAGUAUCGUGUAAACAUGAUGAACUUUAGUGAGUCCGUCAAGAUGGAGGGAAAAUCGAAGCAGAAGGAGACCGAGAAGAGAAGGUGCUCAGAAGGUCCAGGAGGAGCUGGAAGCCGUGAAGUUGUCAAGAAGAAGCGGAAAUUACAAGAUGGGGUCUCCCCUGUGAGGAGAAACGAGAAGGGAGAGCUGGUCUUCAAAGACUUUCCAGAGUUCAGACCCAACAUGACACCGAAAGAAGUUCUUCAGGCUGGCAGUUUUGGUGGCACCUAUUUCAGACCCAUUUACUCCAGCAUCACCAAACAGAAUUAUAAAGAUGUCUGGAAGGAGCUCCCAGAAGACUGGCUUGGAGGUUUGGACAUCGCCAAGCAGGUGGCCUCUUCGACGUACCGCAAGGAUGUGAACACCUACAAAGUGAAGUGCGGAGGCAGUCUGGAGAUGUGGGAGAGCAGUGGUUGGAUCGUCCCUCAGGACCCCUAUGGCUGGUUCCAGUGGUACUGCAGGUUUCACCAGGGCCGACGUACUGAUGAUGACGAACGCCAGGUGGGACGCUGGGCUAAAUGCACGGGACCGAAGGGUCGUUGGAGGAACAACCUCAUCACUAAGAUCGUGCGCUCAGGGUGUGCCUUCCACAACUGCACAGUGUCACCCGUCGUUCGCCAGACCCUGCAGCACUGGGCUUACCGGCUCACUAAACAGGACUAUGACAUGGGCGCCAAGAGGGUCAAACUGAAAUGAUCACAUCCUUGAGCGAAAGCGACCUACUGUGCAAAAGCACAUGAUGAGUGCUGCUGAUGAACUUUCAGUUGUUCAGUUAAUGAAUUUACAUGAAUUUAGAGUAAAACGUCUGUGUUGCAAGUUCUGACAUUUUUGGUGUCAUUUUUUUAUAGUUGUUUCAUGUUAAAAAAUGUAGUGUAUGUAUGUGUUAACAUUUUACAUGGAAGUGUUUACUGUACACUUACUGUAUUAAUAGUACUUUAUAUUUUUGUUCCAAGAAAUGAUUAAAACCGAAAGUGUCCUAAAAAAUGGAUCUGCAGGCCAAUAGAGUCAUUGAGGUCAUAGCCUUAAAAUGAUUAAGGAUUUGCACCUACUUGGUUGGAUGGUUUUGUGCAGGGCAAAGUAAAGUCCCAUUCUGCCUUAUGUCACAAAUUAUUUAUGUUCAUUAAGUUUUCAAGAAAGGUAAAUGGGUUUUAACGUUAAUUCAAUUCUUUCUUGAGACAUUUUCUCAUGGCAGUUUUAGUUGAAACUUCAAAGCACUACAAUAAAUGCAAAAAGUCAGGUUUAUCUGCUUUGCUUAGCAUUGCUGUGCUGUAUAUUCAUCUAAAUGUGGACUUGUGCUGUGCCCCCAAAUGUUGGGAUUCCCUCAGCAAUUUCAGGCAAUCUC